AUGAACACAAGUGACACGGAUAAAAUAGAUGUGACAAGAGAUGUGACAAUAGAUGUGACAAGAGAUGUGACAAGAGAUGUGACAAUAGAGGUGACAAGAGAUGUGACAAGAGAUGUGACAAUAGAGGUGACAAGAGAUGUGACAAGAGAUGUGACAAGAGAUGUGACAAUAGAGGUGACAAGAGAUGUGACAAGAGAUGUGACAAUAGAGGUGACAAGAGAUGUGACAAGAGAUGUGACAAUAGAGGUGACAAGAGAUGUGACAAGAGAUGUGACAAGAGAUGUGACAAUAGAGGUGACAAGAGAUGUGACAAGAGAUGUGACAAUAGAGGUGACAAGAGAUGUGACAAGAGAUGUGACAAUAGAGGUGACAAGAGAUGUGACAAGAGAUGUGACAAUAGAGGUGACAAGAGAUGUGACAAGAGAUGUGACAAGAGAUGUGACAAUAGAGGUGACAAGAGAUGUGACAAGAGAUGUGACAAUAGAGAUGACAAGAGAUGCGACAAGAGAUGUGACAAUAGAGGUGACAAGAGAUGUGACAAGAGAUGUGACAAGAGAUGUGACAAUAGAGGUGACAAGAGAUGUGACAAGAGAUGUGACAAUAGAGGUGACAAUAGAGGUGACAAGAGAUGUGACAAGAGAUGUGACAAUAGAGAUGACAAGAGAUGCGACAAGAGAUGUGACAAGAGAUGUGACAAUAGAGGUGACAAGAGAUGUGACAAGAGAUGUGACAAUAGAGGUGACAAGAGAUGUGACAAUGAAAGGAAGAAAAAUUUUUUGA